CGCCCGCUCCCCCCUCCCCCCGAGCGCCGCUCCGGCUGCACCGCGCUCGCUCAGAGUUUCAGGCUCGUGCUAAGCUAGCGCCGUCGUCGUCUCCCUUCAGUCGCCAUCAUGAUUAUCUACCGGGACCUCAUCAGCCACGAUGAAAUGUUCUCCGACAUCUACAAGAUCCGGGAGAUCGCGGACGGGUUGUGCCUGGAGGUGGAGGGGAAGAUGGUCAGUAGGACAGAAGGUAACAUUGAUGACUCGCUCAUUGGUGGAAAUGCCUCCGCUGAAGGCCCCGAGGGCGAAGGUACCGAAAGCACAGUAAUCACUGGUGUCGAUAUUGUCAUGAACCAUCACCUGCAGGAAACAAGUUUCACAAAAGAAGCCUACAAGAAGUACAUCAAAGAUUACAUGAAAUCAAUCAAAGGGAAACUUGAAGAACAGAGACCAGAAAGAGUAAAACCUUUUAUGACAGGGGCUGCAGAACAAAUCAAGCACAUCCUUGCUAAUUUCAAAAACUACCAGUUCUUUAUUGGUGAAAACAUGAAUCCAGAUGGCAUGGUUGCUCUAUUGGACUACCGUGAGGAUGGUGUGACCCCAUAUAUGAUUUUCUUUAAGGAUGGUUUAGAAAUGGAAAAAUGUUAACAAAUUUGGCAAUUAUUUUGGAUCUAUCACCUGUCAUCAUAACUGGCUUCUGCUUGUCAUCCACACAACACCAGGACUUAAGACAAAUGGGACUGAUGUCAUCUUGAGCUCUUCAUUUAUUUUGACCGUGAUUUAUUUGGAGUGGAGGCAUUGUUUUUAAGAAAAACAUGUCAUGUAGGUUGUCUAAAAAUAAAAUGCAUUUAAACUCA